GGAGCGCCACGCCCCCUUCUCAUCAUGUGUUGUUGCAGCUGCAGCGAAGUAACAACACUGUGUCAGCGAUAAAUGUAUUGAUUUUCGUCAUUAUUUCGUAAUAAUUUGGGCCGAAGUCCCAUGAUUUGACCGCAGCUCGGUGCAAAAGCUGUAAAUUCAGACAAUAAGAUGGGGAACGAGCACAGCAACCAGCAGCCUGGCCAGCCGACCCGUUCCAAGUCGCUCACGAGGACGGGCAGCAAGGGCCCUGAGCCCGACCUUCAGGACGACCCCGGCAGGUCGGCGUCGCCAGGGCCCAGCGUGUGUUCGGACUCGGAACUGCCCUACAUUUCCUACACGGUCAGCAGACCGAUCGGAGACUCGCCGAAACUGCAGCCGAAGCAUUUGCAGCGUGGAAAAUCGGCCACUUCGUCGCCGGUGCGGACGCGGCAGCCGCUGCUGGCGGCCAAAUCGGUGCAGAGCAGGAUCCGACCGGCCAGUUUCCCCAAUAAAACGACCAAGGCUCACACCAUUGUGGUUGUCAAGCCUGCGCUCGAGAAUAAUGACCUCGAGGCCGACGAGGAUCAGCUCCGAUUGAGGAAUUUAUCGAGUAGUAUUCGCCAGAAUUUCCUAGAUGUUUUCCCCAAUUUUUCAACGCCCAUGUUUCUGCCGAUAAUGCGAGGGACCCUGAACCUUCCGGCUGCCAGGGACCCUGAGGUGCUGGAGAGACUGGACCCUGGCGGCCUGGUCGCCCUGGGCUCGCGUUACCAACAGUAUUUGGCCAACUGUGCCGACAUGGUCGCCGCUGAGCAAAACCAGCUCACCGGCAGAGUCAAAGAGAUCGACUCAGGGUUGAACCGGCUGAUGGGGAACCUGAGCGAGCGGCAAAAGCGGUUCGCCAAGCUGGCCGAGAAGUUGAGCAAAGUGCACGAAGUGUCGAGCCAGCUGAACCGGUGCCACUCGCUGCUCAACCACCUGAUCGAGAGCAUGGAGACGCUGAACAACUCGCUGCCCAUCGACGACCGGCUCGAGCCCUUCGUCUGGACCACGGGCUGAACCUUUAAGACAAAAACCAACAUAAAAACAAGACUCUUCCUCUAGUCGACAACUGUGACGAAAAAAUAGUUCGUUUCAUUGUUUGCUCACUCGCAUCUGAAAUUUAUUUUUUUCCUUCCUUGAAAUAAAACGCUGGAAAAUAAUUUAA